UAUUGAUCCUCAUUUUCCGCAGUGAAUCCGCAGUAAAUCUUUGCCGUUGAAGAAGAAAGUUAAGUGUACGCGCGAAGACAAGGAAAAAUAGGAUGAAGUACUUUCUUGCAAUAUUUCUGUUUAUAUUUCAAGUAAAAUUAAGCCUUCUUCAGAUGCCAGCUGAUAAUGAUGCUGCUCUUGAAAAGCGUGUUGCUGCGGUCAAAGACCUAUUGAGCAACGCUAGUUGUCUGUACAUCAAGAAAAACGGCUACUGCAAGUUCUCCUUUAUACAAAACAUGCUCUGCUACAUCAAGUGCCAUUGUGAUGACAUCCUUUCGCAACGAAGCUGCAACAUCAUAAAGACCAAGAACAAGUGCAACAGCUCCUGGAGUGCCUAUUUCUGCAAACUGACCUGUGAUCAUUGCAGUAGAUACAACGCAUCGUGUACAACAAGCAAUCCCUUGGGAAUGAAAAGUGGAGCCAUACCUGACUCGAGCAUCACUGCGUCGUCAAUCUACAAUAAGUACUAUUAUCCAGCACGAGCGAGACUAGACGCUAUGAAAGAAACACACAAACGAGGGGCCUGGGCACCGAAGACAAACAACAUAAGUGAAUGGCUGCAAGUCGAUCUGGGUCAUGUCACCAAGGUUACACACAUUGCUACUCAAGGUAAUAAAGACAUCGAUGAAUGGGUGAAGAGCUAUAGUAUUCAAUAUAGCUUUGAUGGACAGCACUUCUUUGACUAUGAAGCGGGCAAGAUUUUUGCAGGAAACGUGGACCACAGCACCAUUGUCAAGCAUGCCUUUAUUCCUCCCAUUGUAUCGAGGUACAUCAGGGUGCGACCAAAAACCAUGCACAAGCAUAUCGCGAUGAGGAUGGAACUGUACGGUUGUAGAUGAGGUAUGAAUCCAAUGAACUGACCAACUCGGCACAGCA